GGAAGCCUGGAGAAACAAGGCAACCAUGGGGAAGUCCAACAGCAAACUCAAGUCUGAGGUGGUGGAAGAAUUAACCAGGAAGACCUACUUCACAGAGAAAGAAGUGCAGCAAUGGUACAAGGGCUUUAUAAAGGACUGUCCCAGCGGUCAGCUAGAUGCUGCAGGCUUCCAAAAAAUCUACAAACAGUUCUUCCCUUUUGGGGACCCCACGAAGUUUGCUUCUUUUGUCUUCAAUGUCUUUGAUGAGAACAAGGAUGGACGUAUUGAGUUCUCAGAAUUCAUCCAGGCUCUGUCUGUUACUUCACGUGGGACUCUGGAUGAGAAACUGAGAUGGGCUUUUAAGCUCUACGAUCUCGAUAACGAUGGUUACAUCACCAGAGAUGAGAUGCUGAACAUUGUCGAUGCCAUAUAUCAGAUGGUGGGGAACACAGUGGAAUUACCUGAGGAGGAGAACACGCCAGAAAAACGUGUGGAUCGUAUUUUUGCUAUGAUGGACAAGAAUGCUGAUGGGAAACUGACUCUGCAGGAAUUUCAAGAAGGAUCCAAAGCGGACCCCUCCAUUGUACAAGCUCUCUCCCUCUACGAUGGACUAGUAUAGUAACUGCUGGAGUGGAAUAUAAAGGGCUGCCAAAGGGUCCAGUGCUAUCAGAACCUGCCAUUAGAGGAAGGAGAGCC